AUGGCAAACCUUAACGUUCAAGAGAUUAUAGAGAAGCAAGUACUUACUGUAGCCAAGGCAGUGGAAGACAAGAUUGACGAUGAGAUCGCAGCAUUAGAUCGUCUCGAUCUUGACGAUAUAGAGGCAUUGAGAGAGAGACGGUUACAGCAGAUGAAGAAAAUGGCGGAGAAGCGCAGCCGUUGGAUCUCUUUAGGUCAUGGCGAGUACACUGAAAUUCCAUCAGAGAAGGAUUUCUUCUCUGUUGUUAAAGCUAGUGAUCGUGUCGUUUGCCAUUUCUAUCGCGAUAAUUGGCCUUGCAAGGUGAUGGACAAGCACAUGAGUAUACUGGCGAAGCAACAUAUAGAGACACGCUUUGUGAAGAUUCAUGCUGAGAAAAGUCCAUUUUUGGCUGAGAAACUCAAGAUUCUUGUUCUUCCAACUCUUGCACUUAUAAAGAAUGCCAAAGUGGAUGAUUAUGUGGUGGGAUUUGAUGAGCUUGGAGGGACAGAUGAGUUUAACACAGAGGAUUUGGAGGAGAGAUUGGCUAAAGCUCAAGUAAUCUUUUAUGAGGGUGAAUCAUCUCUAAAUUCAUCAAAAUCCAGCGCACAAACCAGGAGGAGUGUGCGGCAAAGCGAGAGCCAUGACUCAUCAGAUUCAGAUUGA